GAUUUCAUUGAUUAUAUGAUGAGGAGAAUGGGAUUCAAUACAAUCUGGAGAAAGUGGAUAAGGGAAUGUCUAGCAUCGAGCUCGGUUUCAGUUCUCAUUAACGGAAGCCCAACAAAUCAAUUCCCGGUUAGCAAGGGGAUAAGACAAGGCGACCCGCUAUCACCCUUCCUAUUUUUAAUAGUAGCUGAAGGAUUAAAUGGGCUUGUAUCCUCUGCAGUGGAGAAACAGCUGUAUAAAGGAGUGGCAGUGGGGAAUGAAGGAGUCUCAGUGUCACACCUUCAAUUUGCGGAUGAUACGAUUUUUUUUGGAGAGGCAUCGGAGGACAAUAUCGGGGUCAUUAAAAGUAUAAUGAGAACUUUUGAGUUGGUGUCUGGUCUUAAAAUUAAUUUUGGGAAGAGCCAAUUAAUGGGGAUCGGGGUUGAAGACAACUGGAGAAAUAAGAUGGCGUUCAAGCUGUGUUGUAAGGAAGGGGAGUUUCCAUUCAAAUAUUUGGGGAUCCCAAUUGGAGGAAAUCAUAAAAGAGUGGCAAUGUGGCAGCCAAUGGUGGAUUCAUUCAAAAAGAAACUAACUACUUGGAAGGGUCAGUUUUUAUCCUUGGGAGGCCGUAUCACGCUCAUUAAUUCAGUGUUGUCCAGCCUGCCUGUGUUCCUCAUGUCAGUCUAUUUAAUCCCGAAAGGGGUUGUGGAAGCGAGUAAUUAUAGGGAAGUAUGGAGAGAAGGGGGGACAUUGGCUGGACUGAUUAAAGAAAAAGAAGGACUAGGCUCUACAUGGUGGAGGGAUGUAUGCUGCAUUGAUAAGAUGGAUAGGGAGAGAGUAGGAUGGCUGUUGGAAGGUUUUAGAAUAAAGCUUGGGGAUGGUAAGAGGAACGAAGAGGCAAAGGAACUCCAACAAUUGAUAGAAGACAAGAGAAUCAAGCAAGGAAGGCCUGACUCGUGGGAAUGGGUCCAUGACAAGGAUGGACAAUACUCCACUAAGACAGCAUACUCAAUACUAACAAAAGAUCAGAUAGAAACAAAUGAGAUCUCGACAUACAAAAGAAUAUGGAAUCCCAAAUUUCCAAGUAAAGUCUCAGCCUUCAACUGGCAACUUUUGCUUGACAGAAUCCCAACAAAAGUUAACUUGGUCAUUAGAGGGAUUAUUGGAGAAUCAAAAGAUGGCAAAUGCGUCUUUUGCAAGGAGGAAGAUGAAGACUCCAAACACCUAUUUCUGAAAUGCAAAAUAACCAGUUGGGUGUGGCAAGAAUGCGCUAAAUGGUGGGGAACAGAGAUUCGGCUGGAAAGGGAUUGCUGGAAUUCAUUUCAGAGGUUUGGGAAAUGGAGCAAAGAUCCAAAGGGAGAUGUGAAGAUUAAGCAACGGUACUCUGAAGUUCGUCACGAGUCUAGUGUCGACACUUUUACAUACCAAAGUGAUUCCGAAGAGAAUGAAGGAUGGUCCACCGAAAGUGAGAGGGAGAAACACGGGUCUGUAUUUGCAGAGGAGUUUGCCCAGGUGAAUGGAAGCUGUCUCCAGGAAGAAGAUGAUGACGUGGCGGGUUGGCAAAGAAGGGAAAUGGAGAAACCUCGGGAACAAGCCACAUCGGGGAAGGGGAAACAGUGCAACACAGAGGAAAACAGCCUGGAACACAUUCAAAAUUUGAAAGAGGUUGAGUUUAGAGUAGGGGCAGAGGAGGCGCGGCUGCUGCAGGGAGACGUCGCUGUGUCAAAAAGAUUGGGCGUUGUGGAGGGAGAAUAUCUGGGCCUUUGUGAGCAAUCCGAGCCGAAAGAAGACAGCACAAAGUUGGGCCUGGGUGUUAAAUCCAGGCGGACAGAAGGUAGCUCUCAGCUGGGCCUUAGCGAGCAGAAUCCGACGGAAACAGGGGGGAAGCUCAAUCCACAAGCUGAAAAUACCGAUUUUGAAGAAUCAAUAAAUUUGGGCUGGACUCAAACACAAAAAGGGAAGGAAAGUAAAAGUCGGUCAACUAUUGAUGGCUUUUCUAGAAAUAAGGAGGUAGAACAGAACAGCAUGGACAUUGCAGAAGGGGACCCGUUCUGGAACGGUUUUGAAGAAGAACAAAGAGGCAUAGAAGAGUGGAUCAAGAAGCAAAGAGAGGAGGGCUCAACGAAGAAGAAAAGAAGGAUCAAGAUGUGUAGAUCCGUGUAUGCUAAAUCAAGAGCAGUGGGUAUGGGUCCAAAAUUAAAGAAAGGAAGAAGAAAACAGUGCAAACAAGACGCAGAGGGGAGAUCCGAGCCAAGCUUUCUACCCAGAUCAAAGGGGAAGAUUGCAGGCGACUCAGUAGGUGAUAGCGGCAUCCAGAAUUGCAAUAGAUGUUUGAAGAAGCAAAUGAAGAAUAAUUUAGCAGUGGAGAUUUGGGACCUUGCGAAAAAGCUAGGGGCAGUGGCCGAGGAUGAUAGGGAGAUCAUUCAAAGAAUUGAAGAGAUGGAGAGUAGAGACAGCCGAGACAAAGCUGAGAAGGCAACUCACGGUUCUGGAGAGGCGAGGAAGGUUUGUCUUGAUCCUGAUGAUUUUGUUGUCCUAUAAUAUUAGGGGUCUUGGAGGGAUUGGGAAGAGAAGGCAAAUUAGGGAGUUAGUUAAGAAGGAAAAAGUGGAGUUUUUAGCUAUACAAGAAACGAAGUUGCAAGCU